AGUGAUAACUAUACGGCAUCGGGCAUAUGCUUAUUGCUUAAGCGGAAAAAUUGUAGAAUUAGAUUUUAAUUAAUUCUUAACUGUUUUUUAAUAUUUCAAGUUUAAAUUUCAUACCUUUAUUUUGCCUUCAUAUUUUCUAGGAGUUUGUUACAAUAUGAGGGUAACUGACGUACUAUGGAAAAAACUUCCUAGAGGACACAUUUUUAGAGGGAAAAAUCGUCUUGUUAAGCCUGUAACUGGACUAGAUAUAGCUGCAAAAAUUAGAGAUUUUGAACAAGAAGAACAAAAUAUGUUUUACUUGAGAUAUCCUUAUUUAACAAAGGAAGAGUCGUUUAAACAUUCAAAGGAACAAGGACGCUUUGAGAAAUGGAUGAGAAAAUGGAAGGUUAUGCAAGCAGAAAAAUUUGCAAAACAUAAGCCAAUGGCUGAUCAUUUAAUGCAUCUACGAUCUUCAGAUGGCUGGGAAAGUUAUUAAAAACAGGAUUGUUAAUGCAACAAAUAAAUUAGAUUAUUUAAUAACUAGUAUAUACCAACUUUACUUUUGUGAUUACAUGAAAAAAAAACAAUAAAUUAUAAGGAUUUCAUAUAAAUAUUUUAAAGUACACUUGUAGAAUGACAAUGUUUGUUGUGGUGUAUAUAAGAUAAAACAAAUUCAUGUGUUACAAUAAUCAUAAUCUAGUACAAACGA